AUGUUUAAGAAGUUCAUGGCAACAACCAAUCAGUAUAUGGAAGCCAACAACUACUUUAUACGAAAAACAGAUGCAACUCUUCAAGAGCAAAGUGCAGCAAUCAAAAAUUUGGAGACACAAGUGGGACAGAUGACAAUCUCCAUGACGGGUAGAGGACUAGGAAACUUACCUUGCAACAAUGAAAUCAACCCUAAGGAGCACGGAAAGGCUAUAACAACCAGAAUUGGAGUACAACUAUCGAAAAUACAUGUAAAAAGACUAGUAGCUAGCAAGGAAUCAGCACCAACCUCAGAUGAUGAGAUUGUGGAACAGACUGAACAAAUAAUAGGAGAUGUUGCGAAGAAAAAUUUCAAUACAUCACGGGGUACAGUUAUCAAUCCUAUCAACCCUCAUGAACCACCUAUUCCAUUCCCGCAGAGGUUGAAAAAGCUCAAAUUGGAUCAGCAAUAUAGUAAGUUUCUUGAAGUUUUCAAGAAAUUACACAUCAACAUCCCAUUUGAUGAGGUACAAGUAUUAAUAUAA